ACUACUUCUACUACUACUACUACUACUACUACUACUACUACUACUACUACUACUACUACUACUUGUGUGUCUGUUAUGUUUUCUGUUUUUUUUUUGUAUGUAUUUUCUUCGUAACUGAAAGCAAAACAUGUUAGAAUUUUUUGUAUAAAGUUGCCAAAGAUAAGGAAAAAAAACCCAAUAAAAAUCCCUAACAAAACAAAGAUUAAAAAAGUAAAAAAGAAAAGGCAGCCAAAAUGAUUACAAAAACAACCGUGCACCAACAACAACAACAUCAACAACAGUUUCUUCAAUUAUAACAAAAAACGUUGCCAAUUUCGAAUUACUUUCGGGAAUAUAAAGAUACAUUAUUAUUAUUAUUAAUAUUUUUAUUAUUAUUUUAUUAUUAUUAAAGGGAUUAAAAGUAACCCUGACACGAACACUGACCAAAGGAUUUACCCUGAAUUCAUCAUAGUUACGGAUUACUACACGUGUGGAUUUUGGUUUUAAUCAUCGCUCGAAUCUUGGAAUACAUUGCUUGGAUUAUUUAAAUGACACCAAUUAUCUAAUACGGAUUUCAAAAUACGCGCAUCUACGUUCAUACAUAAGUACAAAUGUAUGUGAUCUAACACAUCGCACACACGCACACACACACACAUUCACGGACACACGCUGACACAGUCACAGAGGUAACAACACACACACACACACAUAUGUUUGUAUAUAUAACCAUAAAUAUGUAUGAUGUUUAUCAUUUUAUAAUUUUUCAAUAAGGUGCUAGUUGAGAAGUAAGUACCUAAGCUUCUAGUUUAUAUUUAUUCAAUUUUUCUUUCUUCUAAGUAUUCACCUGUAUACUUAAAAUGUUCUUAUAGUUAACAGGUAACUCACGCGACUGUGAGGGCAGAAUCGGUAGUAUUGGGUAUUUUAACUCGAAUUUAACACUACAACAACUACAAGUAAUAAUCACAAUAAAACAAAAAAAGGGUAACAGCAACAAUGUUUGAAGCGAACAGAUAAGUUAGAAUUACUGUCUCAAUUGAUAUUGUUGUAAAAUAGUUUAUGUUAAAAAAUCUUCUCGUAUAUGAGGCUUCUUCUACAAAGUAUUCAGAUAGACUUCAGGGGUUUCCUUAAGAUAUAAAGGUGGUUUUAGAACACAUAUACACACAUACAGACACUGUGUGGUGUAUAUAUAUAUAUUUAUAUAUAUCUUUUGUAAUUUUCAGUAAAAUUAUAUUUUACUUUUCGAUUAUUUAAAAGAUUAAAAAUUGUUAAAUAUUAGAAAUGGUUAUAAAUAAGAUUAGGCAGGUAGCAUGGUACCUAAUUUAAUUUAGAUAUGUGUGCAACAAUAAUUAAAUAUAAGUGUAAUUAAAAAUUAUUUUACAUUUAAAAUUGCUUUCCGUUAUAUAACGUGCAGGUGUACGUUUUAAUACAUAUGUUUAAUUACUCAGUAACAGUACCAUAGCAAGUUAAAGAUGUAUAUAUGAUAAUGUACAAUUGUAUGUUAUAUACAUACAUGCAUACAUCUAUGCAUACUUAGAUAUCUAUAUAGAAGUAGAAAUGCUACCAUGUACUUAGAACAGAAAUCUAGUUAUAAUAUUCUUCGUAUGUUAUAAUAAAUUAUCAUCACAGCUAGAUCAAAUUACCUAUAUUAAGGGCAGAUUUUACUAAAAUUUUCUUUGCAGACAAACAACAACAAAAGCACACGUCUAGAAACUUGGUUCAGUUUUGAAAGAAUGAAAGCUUUAGAAAGUCAGAAUGGACAGGGAAUAUUUCUAUUGUUAAAUUGAAAACUGAAAAUCUGUAAUAUUUCCUUCAUUGGUUCAACAAUACUAAACAUGUCCCCUAAUGACUGUUUGAUCUCAUAAAUCCUCAGAUAAUGGUGUAUGGUAAAAUAGAAAUGAAAAUAAUCAUUAAAACAGAACCACUGAAAUCUAAUUUUAUGUUAAAGAAAGGUAUAUGAAAAUAUAAAAAGCAAAAUAAAAAAAACAACAUUCAGUACAAGAAAAGAAAGGGAAAAAGAAAUAGAUAUUUGUAUAUCUUUAGGUAAAUUCUCAGACACAAUUUCUAUAAGCAAAUCGAUGAAACCAUAUGCAAGAAAAAAUCUAUUAUUCUUGAAGUUAGUAGACAUAAGGCUGGAACGAACGGUAACCAUGUUAAAUAAAUACAAAACUUGACGAAUGCUUACAAAUUAGAGGAAUUUAUUAAGACAAUUGUGAGCCUAAAUAACUAAAAUAUGAACUAAGGUGGAAAUGGACAUACAAACAAACUAAAAGCUUAAUAUGUAUGGGGAACAUAAGGGUUUUGAUCAGUUGAGCGUUGUACGGCUUCGUUCAUAAUGCGGCCCCUGCUGUCCCAAAUCGCUGUUUUCGUCUCCUUAGUCAUGCCUCUGGUGUGGAUUAUAAUUCUUCCUGGGGUCAACACACAACACAACCGCACGAUCGCAGCCCUAUUUGACAAGGCUCAGUACUCCCUGCUCUCACGUAUCUUCACUAAAGCUAUUACAGAAUUGCGAAACAACAGUACACAAACCCGGUUUCAAGGCUACAAAGUUAAAGCAUCGACCAACUUCUACGAUGUAAUCAACGAGAUAUGUCGUGCCAUUAAACACGGGAAUGUGGAAUCAUUUAUUGUAGUGGGUAAAAGCCCGACAAUUCACGCCGUUAAUAUUGUGGCGGAGGCCUUGUCAAUACCAGUGCUUGGCUACAUGCUCGGAGAAGAUACACUAAAGAUUGGUAAUAUGAUGUACCUCAACUUGAAACCAAAUAAUGCCCAAUUGGCAAAAGGCAUAAUAGCCUUCCUGGAAAAUUACGAUACAGUACAUACGUUUAGUCUCAUUUCACAAGAGGAACUAAUUGGCGAUGGUUUUACUAGUGAAAUAACCAAACUGAUUCAGGCACACAAAUGGAUAUUAGAAGAAAGUAUAAAAAUCUCGGAAACUGAUACGGACGAAAUAAUUAAUGUUAAGCUUCGUCAAUUACGCGACAACAAGGCCCGUAUCAAUAUACUUCAUUGUAGCAAUAAUUUAAUUACCAGAAUCUUUAAACAGGUAUAUUCAAUUGGAUUAAAAGACCGGGAUUAUGCCUGGCUACUGACUGAACAUGAUUAUAUACGAUCAACAGAACGAUAUCACUCUUUCCCGAUUGGAUCGCUUUCUUUUUCGUUGAGCGUCACUAUAAACCAAGAACAUAUAGUCAGUGACGUUGUUAAUCUUAUAAGCCAGGCCAUGUCUCAUAUUAAGCAUCUACCGUUUGGUAGUAAGCGUGAAUGUUCAAAAAUUGCAAACUCUAAACAAAUAGCUCGGGGUAAAGCACUAUACAAAUCGAUUCUUAAAGCUUCCGGUGCCAGCCCAUUCCUUGGACCAUUAUUUUUUGACAGUGAUGGCCAUAUACAGAUAUCGAAUUUUAUAAUCAAAAACCUAAUACACGAUGGAGAAAAAGUGACAUGGAGAGAGAUAGGCUAUAUUCGCAAUGGUGAUGUCAGGAUUCGUGAGCCUAUAUGGCCCAUUGACCAUAUUCUACCAACAUCUGUGAACGGACGUACGCGUUAUCGGAUUGUUACGAACCCUGUUAAACCUUUUGUAAUGGAAGAGGCUCCUCAUAAGGAUUACAACGAAUGUAUGUCAGAUACACCGUGUUUGAAACUAUCCUCAAAGGAUAAAGAACGGACUAUAGAAGCUCUUCGAGACUUCGAAGCUGGUGUGUUAAAUCAGAGUAACCCUUGGGAAAUACGUUGUUGUCGAGGGUUAUCCAUUGACUUAUUAAAUAAGUUGUCUAUCGACUUAGAUUUCGACUUUACAUUAUUUCUCGUUUUUGAUAAAUCCUAUGGAGCCUACAGUAACGGAUCGUGGAAUGGUAUGAUUGAAGAUCUCCUCGAGAGCACAGCACAUAUUGCCAUGGCAGCCUUUAGCAUCACCAAGUCACGUGUCAAAGCUAUUGAUUUUACGGAUCCUUAUUUUUUCUCAGGGUUUUCUAUCCUAGUUGCUGAUCGUGUCAGGGAUCCACAUAUGCAAGCAUUUUUGGAACCUUUUUCCAUAGGUGUAUGGUUUGCGAUUUUUAUCAGCGCCACAGUCACUGCCGUUGCAAUGGCCUUGUUUGAGUGGAACAGUCCAUUUGGACUAAAUCCAUGGGGACGAAAACGAAAGUCAAACUAUACAAUGGCUUCCGGAUUAAACAUGGUAUAUUCUGUAUUAUUUGGUCAUACAGUCAGCACCAAAUCCCCGAAAGCAUGGCCAAGUAAAGUCAUGCAAAAUUUCUGGGCAUUUGCUGCAAUAUUUAUUAUAGCAAGCUAUACUGCCAAUCUUGCUGCCUUCAUAGCCGGGAAAAAUAAUGGAGUCGGAUAUAAUGGAAUCUAUGACAGCAGAUUACUGGACGCAAGAGUAGGUGUCCUUGGCGGAAGUGCAGUAGAAGCCUUCAUUAAUCGUAUUCACCGGCCGAUUUUCCAUGCAUCACAAAAUUAUUUAGUUAAUUCAUCUGAUACUGGUAUCCGAAUGUUAAUAGACGGCAAGUUAGACGCAUAUCUCGGAGAUUAUCCUAUAUUGGAUUAUGCACGCGCGAAACUAGAUCCAAAUUGUCAACUAAAACUUGUCGGGCAGACAUAUGGGGAAGAUGGUUACGGAAUAGGGCUACCAAAAAAUUCCACUAUACGUAUUCCUUUAUCUGAAAAAAUUUUGGACUAUCACCAAAGUGGCUUCAUUGAAGAUUUGAUAGAGGUGCACUUUGCAGACGCCCAGUGCUAUCAACAACGUAUGACACAAGAGGAAUCACAGCUCGAAGUACAACAUCAUGCUGGACUUUUUGUUCUUCUUACUGUCGGUAUUUUAUUGGGAAUUAUUGUAUUGUUGCUGGAACACGCCGCAUUUAAGGUUCUUGUUCCUUAUUUUCGAGCAACGCCUGGAAACAGCUGUUGGCGGAGUUCACACGUAAUGUUCCUCAGUCAGAGAUUACAUCGGAUUAUAACAAGCGCUGAAUUGGUUUCUCCUCAAGAUUCUGCCAAAGAAAUGAUCAGUAUUGUAAAAAAUAAGGAAUUUACACGUCUUUUUCAAAAGAGCACCAUAAGAAAAAAUAAACUAGCUGAUAUGGCAAAAACAAAAAGAUUAAACAGAAAUUUUUGUGAUGUUGUAGCAAAAGCAAAAUGGCGUUCCAGUUCCAGGAUGCAAGAUUUGAAAGAUAACAAUUUGAUUGAUGAUUCCAGUACAGCAGCUCCAGAAAUCAUCGAAAUACCAUUGAGAGACUUAUGCACAAAUAUUGACCUUGAAGCUCUUCGCAAACAAAAUGAACCUGUUGAUGGUGAUGAUGAUUGGCCAUUAACAUGGCAAGAAGACUGGCUAUUAUCUGAACAUGAUGAAACUGUACCAUUAAAUGCUGACAACAGUUCAUCACAACCACAAAUCUGUCAGAGUGACUGCUCACUGUUAUUAGACAGCCCCGCAAAAAGGGGUCCCAAUACACCAAGUAAAACUUCUUUGGUGGAUUCAGAAACUUAUAGCAUGGGUGAAGUAAACUCGGCAAUUGUAUCGGACGAAUGCAACAUUGACUUUAAUCUCGAUGUAGAAGAAGACCAGCAAAGUGACAGGACUUUAGUAUGCCCAAGGCAAUCGAGUCCACGAGUUCGCUUUGCUGAUAAUAUUAUCAAUGGUCGUUUAUCAUGCAGUGAUUUAUCGUGCAUGCCAGGGGAGGUCCCCAACAAUGUCUACGAUAGCAAGUAUUGCAAACGGAAGUCGAGCUGGUGCGAGGACCGCAAUAAUAUCCUCGCUUCGGUUGGCUCAAAGAACACAAGAGUUCUGCCAAUGAAAAAUAACAAAUUUAAAUCUCUCAUCUGGAAGCGGCCCUCGUUGCAGGAUCAACUUCUGCCCUCAAUGCAAGCAGGUUUCUGCGUAGAAAAUAUUACAAAAGAAGAAUUAUUGGUGAUGUGGAAGACAUCAGAAAUUGAGUUGACAAAGCGUUUGGAAAAAGCAUUAAAAGAAAAAGCAAAACUAGAAGAAAAACUUGCUGAUUUAGAAUUUGGUUCUCUUGUUUAACAAAAA